GCUACCUAGAAAUGGUUCGCUCGGUAACCGAGUUGCCCCGAACCACGAAAGUCCAACCAGACUCGAGGUCGAUCAAACUCUACCUGACUUGCCAGCUCAGAUGCACUACACACGAUGACGCCGGUGUUUGUUCGAGGAAAAGGGUGACGUCACGCCCACCCAGCCGAAGGUACAAAACAGCUGGUAAUUCAACCACACUUCUGGUCCCCAAGCACACAAAACCAAUCCCAAUAAACCAACUUCAAAAUGGUUAAAAGCAAGGACACAGUUAUCGACGAAUUCAACGAGCUGGUCAACAUGACCCCCAACGAGCUCCGCGAUUGGCUCCAAGAGGAACAGUCCCAAUCCUCCGGCUGGAGCAAGAACAGUGAGUCAGGCGAGACGAUCGGGCAUGAGAGUGGUCGCAAAAUCGUGGAUAUCCUCGAAAGCAACCCGUCCAAGGAUGCCUCCAAGUACUCGGAUGAGGACAUCGAUCAUAUGCGGAAGGUGGUGUCAUACUGCAAGCGGCAUCUGGCCCAGGAGGAGACCGCGAAGCAGGACACGGAUAGUAAGAGCUAUCGGUCGCUGAAGAACUGGGGUCAUGAUCCGCUGAAGGAAUGAGGGACUGUUACUUGUUCUGGAAGGGGUUUUGUUUCUGGGUUGGACGUGUAUAAAUAGGUUACGGGUAUGGUUAUUGUGUGGAUAUAGUGUGAACUUUGUAAGACUGGCCUCGUUGAGCUUUAGCUGUUUUUAGGUGUAAUGCUGUUGCGU